AUGAUUUUUUUUUUCUCAGCCUAUGCACAAAAGGUUAGACUGAAGGAUGUAGCAACAAUCACACUUCAUCGUGACGAAUUUACAACUGCUCGUCGUUCGCAGGCUAUUCCUCAGUUGAAAUGUGUUGGAGGUUCGGCGAAAGCUCAUGCUCAACCUAGGGUCGUCCAGUGUUAUAAUCGUGGACUUGAUGGCCAUGAUGUCCAAUGGGAGUGCAAGGCAGAAUUGCCAAAAGAUGUCGAAUUUGGAAGAAUUCGAGUGUCUUGUGAAGGGUACGAUUACCCAGAGGAUCCAUUUAUUCUGAAGGGGUCUUGCGGAGUAGGUUUCUGGCCAUUAUAA